AUGAAGCCCGUCAUUUUCCUGUCGAGCCUACUCGGCCUAGCAGAACUGGUGUUUUCGCAGCCCACACUAACCGCUGCUCUCGACUAUGGCACUUUUGCUGGUUCGUACUCGUCAAAGUACAACAUCUCCUACUGGCAGAGGAUACCAUUUGCCGCUCCACCGGUAGGACAGAACCGCUUCCGAGCACCGCAGCCACCUGCAACCCUCACGAAUGGCACGUACAACAGCACACAACCCUUUGACUUCUGUCCGCAACGGACCGUGAAUGGGACAGAAGACUGUCUGUACCUAGGACUUUACGGCCGGCCAUGGACUCAAGGUCAACCUCUCAGACCCGUUGUAGUCGUCUUCUUUGGUGGCGGCUUCAUUGAAGGUGGAGGUAGUUUCGAUCUGCCGCCUGCGGGCUAUCCGGUACUGAAUGCUAGCAACGAGAAUGACUUCAUUUUUGUCUAUCCGAAUUAUCGUGUGAACGCUUUCGGAUUCCUGCCUGGCAAGGAGAUCGGCCAAGAUGCUCACAGUGAUCUCAACCCUGGGCUUCUGGACCAGCAGGCCUCGUUACAAUGGACCCAUAGAUAUAUCGAAGCGUUUGGUGGUGAUCCCAAACACGUCAGCAUAUGGGGACAAUCUGCCGGCGCUGGCUCAGUCGUUGCCCAAGUCAUCGCGAACGGUGGAAACACAAAACCAAAACUGUUCACCAAAGCUUUGGCAUCCAGCCCGUUCUGGCCCAAGACAUACGAGUACGACGCACCACAAGCCCAGUCGAUAUAUGACACGCUUGCAAAGAUGACAAACUGCACGGGCCCACAAUCGCUGGCUUGCCUCAAGACCGUCGAUGUCCAGACUCUACGCACCGCAGCGCUCGCCAUCAGUGCCAGCCAUACUUAUAAUACUUCUUCUUACACGUGGGCCCCAGUGCUCGACAGAUCCUUCCUACGGACACCACUCUCUCAAGCUACCGCAAAAGGACUGGUAAACAGCGAUUACGGCUGGGGCAUGUACAAUCUGCACGAAGGCGAAAACUUCAUCCUACCAGCACUACAAAACGGUACUACCGAAAUCUUCGACUCCUGGCUCCGCGGCUACCUACCAGAUCUGUGUGAAGAGGACCUCAAACGAGUACAACAGAUGUACCCCGCUAUUGGAACAGCAGAGGAGAUAUCAUACAAUACCUCGUAUGUACGAGCCGGACUGAUCUUCCGCGAUACUGUGCUGGCGUGUCCCGCUUUAUGGAUCGCGAGGGCAAGCCACAAGCGUUCGUAUGUGGGCGAGUAUACUAUUGAUCCGGCAAAGCAUGGCAGUGAUACAGAAUGGUGGAAUCGAGUGAACGCAAUCCAAACAACAGACCCUCUAAUCUACAAAGGCUACGCCGGCGCCUUCGCCUCCUUCUUCCAGACCGGGGAUCCUAACACUCACAGGCUCACCAAUGCCUCAGAAUCAGGCGUACCAGAGAGCAGACUAACGGAGGAGGAAUUCGUAAUCGAGGCUGAUGGGUUCGCGAACGUGCCUACCACGCAAUUGCAAGCGCGAUGUGAUUUCUGGCGGAGUGUGGCUUAUGAAAUACCUGAGUAG